CCCUGGCGCGAUCCCGUAGCGUGGGGGCGGGAGUGACACGUUCCCAUGGGGAAGCGGCUGCGUGUCCCUGAGGCCCGGGGUGGGGCUUCGUCUCUUAAAGGGGCCGCGCCACGGGCGAGAGCCGGGAAGAGCCCAGACCGCCGCGGUGAGGAUGGCAGAGAAGAUCCUUGUGACAGGUGGAGCUGGGUACAUCGGCAGCCACUGCGUGCUGGAGCUGGUGGAAGCCGGCUAUAUCCCUGUAGUGAUCGAUAACUUCCACAAUGCCAUCCGAGGGGGAGAUGCUCUUCCCGAAAGCCUGCAGCGCGUGCAGGAGAUUGUGGGCAAGAAGAUUCUUUUCCAGGAGCUGGAUAUCCUUGAUGAGGCAGCUCUGCGGGAGCUCUUUCAGAAGCACCAUUUUUCAGCUGUGAUGCACUUUGCGGGGCUGAAGGCCGUUGGGGAGUCCGUUCAGAAACCCCUGGAGUAUUACAAGGUGAACCUCACGGGGACCAUUCGACUGCUGGAGACAAUGAAAGCACACGGGGUGAGGGACAUUGUGUUCAGCAGCUCGGCCACGGUGUACGGAGACCCUGCCUACCUCCCGCUGGACGAGAACCACCCAGUUGGGGGCUGCACCAACCCCUACGGCAAAUCCAAGUACUUCAUUGAGGAGAUGAUACGCGACCUGUGCAAGGCCGAGAAGGACUGGAAUGCUAUUCUCCUCCGGUAUUUCAAUCCCAUCGGAGCCCAUGAGUCAGGAAGAAUCGGAGAGGAUCCCCAGGGAAUCCCCAACAAUCUGAUGCCCUACGUUGCUCAAGUGGCAGUGGGGCGCCGGGAGUACCUGAGCGUGUUUGGGGACGAUUAUAAGACAGCUGACGGAACAGGUGUCAGGGAUUAUAUUCAUGUCGUGGAUCUAGCCAAAGGCCACAUCGCUGCUCUGAAGAAACUGAAAGAAAACUGUGGCUGCAAGAUCUACAACCUGGGCACAGGCUGCGGUUACUCCGUCCUGCAGAUGAUCAGAGCCAUGGAGAAAGCAUCAGGAAGAGAGAUAAAGUACAAGAUCACUGCCCGGCGGGAGGGGGACAUCGCCGCCUGCUACGCUGACCCCGCCCUGGCCGAGCAGGAGCUGGGCUGGAAAGCUGCCUUCGGGCUGGACAAGAUGUGUGAAGAUUUGUGGCGGUGGCAGGUGCAGAAUCCCACAGGCUUCAGCAACAACUAGAGCGUCGGCCCCGGGGAGCAGCCAGGACGGUGCCGGCCCGCCAGGCUCAGUCCCCAGAGAGCUGCAGUUGCUUUCUCUGCAGGGGUGGGCCGGCCUGAGUCGUACUGGGCCAGUGACAUUUUCCCACCUUUUAACCAGGAGCUGACUUUACUCAUGGCACCGGGCAGUCAAGAAACAGGCUAGGGCCUGGCCUGGGGAAGCCCCUGGCUCUGCAGCAGCAGAGGGCUGAGCAGACCCCAGCCACGCUGAGCUGCGUUUAGCAGAACUUGCACAGCUGAAAACAUCGCAGCACGAUUCAGUGGAGUCCCUCGGAGAAGGGACAGACCCCCCCCCCCCCAAGCCAUGCUGGGCUCUGGCACGGAGGGGCUUGCUCCUUCAGCUGCUGCUUCCCUCAUUGCAGAGAUGGUCACUGCGCACAGGCCCUUCCCUCUCACCUACCUCACAAGGACAGGACGCCACCCACACUCGGCAGCUUCCCAAGGGCCAGGCCAUCUCGUCAGCAUUUUCAUGUACACCAGCCCAUCCUGCCCCUGGGCUCCUAGUUCCCUGUGUGCAGGAACAUCUUCCCCACUCCUGGGGGGGGCUUCCAUCUUCCACCUUUGGGGCUUGGGCACUGCCUUGUCCCUUCCCCUGCCCCAGUCCCCUCACCCUUGCUUGUAAGGGACCAAAUGAGAUUUUUAUUGUGUCGGGCGGACACAGGAGCCAGGGCCUGGUGCUUAUGAGUCUGUUGUGUCUAACUGCGCUGAGCUAGCUCUGUGGCGUUCAAGGGCCGGGCACGGGGGUUUCCUGGGGGUGGCUUAGUCACUAACACUUGUGGGACAGAGCGUGUGAGGGGAAAAUCACAAUCCCUUAGCCCAGCCCUUCGUGGCUGUCGGCGUUUACAAGCUCACUCCACAAGUGGCUGCGGCAGCUACUUCCUUACAAUCAGACUCACCAAAGCCUCCCUGGGGCAACGGGUUGUUUUCCUAGCUCCUGAAGCUUUUAUUUAUUACAGAGAAGCUGUGAGCGAUCGGGGGACACAGGGCCAGUCUGUUCUGCUCUCAUUUCCUACAGCUUAUAGCUGAUGCUACUGAA